AUGUCAGGCGCAUACCAGCAACAGCAUGCCUCUCUACCCAUCAUAGAUGAGUUCAGAGGUUUGUUAGAGUCACAAUGGACACGCGAAGUCGCGUGUCACAACGAGUGCGGUUCGGAUAAGUCUUGCCGCUGCCAGCGCAAGGUUGUACACGUUCACGCCCUCGAAGCAUGGUGGAAGAAGCAAGCCUCCGAAAGCCCUAAAUACACGAAUUUACAGCGCUUUGUCCACGACAUGCCACUACUGCCUCGUCGGAGCCUUCCAGUCAGGUCUACAAAGAUAGAUGGUGCUGGACAGUCCUGUCUGCGCGUCUUCAGCCUGCUUGUCAGACAAGGACGCGAGCACUUCAUCGACUGUUUCUACGAGGCGAAUAUGUACGAUCACUACAUCGACCGAAAUGAGAACUAUCAGAGACUUCACGAACAGCUAUCUGGCGUCGCACGACCAGAAGAAGUAGAUGCCAUCAUCGAAGAUUUCCACAAGGAGAAAUGGGAAUACUGUCCCUUAACUUUGACUUUGGACAUGGACACGAAUCUGCAAGGCACUAAGGUCAUUCCUCCCUUCUGUCUGAAGAUCAGGCUUCCGGACAAAGGAGGCACUGCGUCAAUAUACUGGGUGGCCAUACAGAGAGACCUUGUAUCCGAUAGCGCGCUCGCAUUUGCCUUAAAAGACUCACUCUACAUUGACAACAUAUAUGGAGAGUGCUACCAGAUGGUGUUGAAGUCUUACUGCGGUAAUAAAAAGCAAGAUUUCGAAAUGGAGAAGGAAGCAUUUUCCGGCUUACAGUCGAACGUACAAGCUCCUAUACUACGGUGUCUGGGCGCUUACACCCAUGAUCAUGGUGAGGGCAAGGAACUGGGCAAGACAUACAACCUGUUGCUGGAGUACGGCGAGAACGAUUUGUACCAAGCAUGGGCAGACGAAACCAACGUUCCGCCCGUGCAGGCCCAGGAGAUUCUUCAAAGCUGGAAUUCGCUCUUCGAAGUCGCCAGCGCCAUCCGCCAUCUUCAUAAUCUGGAAUUUCCACGGGGCAAGGGACAAACUUGGAAGUUCCACGGUUGGCACGCAGAUAUCAAGCCAGACAACAUCCUUAGCGUCCGCGGACAUUUGAAGCUGGCUGACUUCGGCUUUUCAAGCUUUGCGCCUGUAGUUGAGGGCCACGACGGCUCAGAACAAACGGAAUUGAUACGAGGCUAUACAAACACUUAUGGCGCACCUGAAGUGACCCGCAUGGAGCAACCGGAUGGCACAUUGUCCGGGGUUUCACAAUCCAUCGACGCCUGGUCUUUUGGAUGUGUCUUAUCAUUAGCUGCGACCUGGACAGUGCUAGGAUUCCAAGGCAUCCGCCAAUACGAACGUCUCCGACGACUAUCAUCAGCAAACAACAUGAACGGUCUUGCACUAGAUCGAUUUCACGAUGGUUAUGAUGUUUUACCGGAGAUAGGAAAGUGGCACAAUUAUCUCCGUGGGCAUCUUCGCGCCUCCGAUACCACCACAGAACUGGUGUUGGACUUGACAGAAAGUAAGUUGCUACGAGGAGACGCAGCAGCACGAUGCAAUUUGGGCGAGCUCUGCAAGAAGCUGCGAGAAUUGAGUGGUUAUGCCGAAUUCAAGAUCAAAGGCCUCGAAAAGGUCUCAAAAGACACGGACCCUGCAGUCAUGAAGGCCCUCUCUAGUAUAGAGAACGAAGCUCAACUCCAGAUUUCGUCUGAACCAAGGGCCAACCUCCUGCAACAGCCACUUUUACAGGUCAAUCCUCGGGAGCGGGCUUCCAUGCAGAUAAACAAGAAAAGUUUGAUCAAAAACAAACCUCUUGGUCAGACGGCGCAUCGCAAAGAGAUUCUUGAGAAGAAACUCGAGGCCUGCUAUGGCAUCAAGUUAGAUGAUGAGCCGCCGCUUGCGGAGGGCAACCAUAACGGUGCUGUCACACACAGUCCGACUGAAUCAACUUUCUCAAAGGAACUGGAAAUCACUGUUCGCAAGAUCAAGCCCAGAAAUCCCCAGCUUCGGACCGACCAAGGUCACGCAGACACAGACCCCCAGAUACCAAAUGGCACCCAUACAUACACGACGAGCAAACAUCCUGCGACGCCACCACCGUCUUGUAGGCGCCAAAAUAAGACUUCUGGCCAUGGUAUUGGCCAUUACGAAGAAGAAGCUUUCACGUCGUACCCGCCUGGCAAUCCAGUCGAUAUCGGUUCACAUGCCAGCUCCAACUUGGGAAGACCCACUCUACAGAUUUUGACACCAGAAUCGCCUUCCGCGAAGUACUCCGCCAGAUUCACACAGCCCAAAGGUGCUUUAAAUCAGCUUUCUGCAUCUGCAGAUAGGGAAUACAUGAUGCAUGAUUCCGACAUCAUGGCUGGCAUGGCUGGAAAAGAGGUGUACACGACAAAGUCCCCUUCACGCACACCCAUCCAUGUCGGCAUUGUAGGCGACGCCGAAAUCAAGAAUGUGCCCUUCAUGCGCGAUUCUAUGAAUCGCCAGGUUUACCAGGAGAAAUCUUCUGUCAUGUUUGAUACGAGUCCUACAAGCCCCUCCUUUGACGAUAGACAAGUAGAUGAGUCGAACGUUGGCGCCUCCAGUUUUACUCAGGCAGUCGGAAACUCUCGCCCUUCAAUAAUCGUUUCACGAACGGGAGAUACUCAGUUGUCACAGUAUGAAUCAGCGGCACCCAAUUCGACCACUCACGUUUCCGACAAGCAAGCUCUGUACAUCCCCACGUCUCCAACAUUUCACGAUGGCUCUCUGCUGCCACUUCCGCAGUCUGCCCUAAUUUUACCCUACGAUAUCUGUCUGAAACGAAAGGGUAUGGAUGCGCAGGUCUCAAAGGGGAUUGCGAAAAGCAUUGCAAAAGUGAAGGGUAAAUUUGGCUUUGAGACUAGAAUGCGCGAUGCCAGCCUGGCUGAAACCUUCAGUGACCCACGUGAGCUUGUCAUUGUUGUUGACAACGGGUGGACCAUGUACAGGCACUGGCCGAUCGCGACGUUCGUCGCGCAAACGCUCGCCAUGAACGCCGCUGGCCUAGAUAAGGAUGGCUUCGACCUCAAGUUCACGGUUGAUGGUCACACCCAUAAUAAGAGGUGCCUAAAAGGAGAUUCUGGUCGGAGAAGGCUCAAGAGAGCGUUGAAGGCAGCGUGGCCAGAACAAAAACCGAACAGUAAUGCCACUACAGACAUGGCGAAGGUUUUCAGAAACAUCCUGAAGGAAUGGGAUCACGUCGGACAACCAGCCACAACACUUCUCGUCUUGACUGACGGCGUCUGGUCAAAGGAAAAUACCGAUAUCUUCAACAAAAUCAUCCUCGAUAUUGCGCGGCUGGACCAACGAAAAGGCGGCAACCGGCACUUCAGCAUCCAGUUCAUCCGAUUUGGCGAUGAAGCUCCCGAAAAGGGUCGCCUAGAGUGGUUAGACGACCAUUUAUGCGCCGACAAUAACAUGAGGGACAUCAUCGAUCACUGCUCGUGGCGAGCCGAAGUUGACAAAAUGUUCACGGGUAGCAUUGAGGUUUAUGCCGACAACCACAACUUUGUUGAUCCACCCAUGUUGUACGACUACGAUGAUCUCGUUGGUCUGUUCAACACCUUCAACAAAGGAGUCGACGCCCUGCUUUCACCAACCGGUAACCCAUCUCAAACGCCGUCGCGAGCAUCGAAUCGGUCCUCUUUUUCGUCGCACGUAGGAUCACUUGCAGACGCCAGGACCUAA